AUGGAUCAUCCCAAGCCCACGCUGCGAGGCAGUCUCCUGCCUGACAAGCCCUACAUACCAUGCGAGUCGACUACCAAGGGCAACACUAGAUCGGUGAACUGGCCCAAGACAUUCGAGCUUCAUCCUUGGCGUGCCUUCAACAUUCACACGCUCAACGAAAGCUACGGCCAUAUCCUUGAUGAGCCUCUGCCGCCGGAAGUCGCUGACAUCGUGCCGUCCACCGCCCGGCUGCAAGGUCUCGUGGUGAAGGACGACAAUGGCCCCAAACACAUCAUCGCCUGA